AUGGGAUGUUGGGAAAGCAAAAAUGUGGACAGUCCCAGACGACCCAGUCUGUUCAGAUCCAGCGCUGUCUACACCACUCCAGAGUUUGGCUUGGGGCCUCCCCCGGGAAAACUGAGCCCCGAGGAGCUGGCCGAUGUGAAACACAUCAUGAACACACUGCGGACAGAACAGUUGGACCUGGUUAUGGUCAGCUGUAUGUACGACAAAUUAUUCCAAGUUCACCCCAGUGUCAAACAGAUGUUCAUCAAUGCUGCUUUCCUGGACCCGGAAUAUGCUCUCGGCUGCACCAGCGAUCCUUGGUUCCAGGGCUUCCUCAAGGCAUACAUUAAUGCCAUCAUCAAGUACAUUCUUCUGCAGGCAGACGAGACUAAGUUACAGGAGUUCCUCGGCGAUUUGAAAGAAAGUCAUCUGCGAGUCGCCGGCAUUGAGAAGAUCCAUGUUGAGAUGAUGAUGCAGUUUCUCUACAUGGGAUUUGUUCAGACGAUGGGCUCCAGCAUAGAUCAGCGCAAGCGGUCCGCCCUGGAACAUCUGCUGUCCUUGUUGUACCACGACGCCUUGCAGUUCUUGCCACUGACCUCCGACAGUAGACCCCCUGCUGUGACAGAUGACGCUAGCAGUAUCAGGGCUGCCAGU